AUGGGAAGGCAUAAAAAAACAGAAGCAGGUGGUAUUCGUAAAACUAAUCGUGGUAAGGGUGGUGCAGUACGUAGGGGAUUUGAUGGAUCAAAUGUUCCAAGUAUGCGAAAAACAGUGUCAAUUUUUCAACAACCUGUAACACUUGUUGUAACGACUUCUCGCGACACUAAAAAAGCAACAACAGAACAACUUAAAAAGGGUAUGAGUACAAAUGCAGCAAAGAAUACAAAACCAUAUCAACUUUUUUAUCCUAAAGUAUUUGAAAAUCUUAGAGCAUCUGUGCCUAUUGAUAAUUUUAUGUCUGUUGCUACAGGUAAUGUAAGAUGUUUUACAGAAAAAAUGGAAUUACCUUCAAAAAUUGUAUCAGCAGUUCCUGAAAUUUUGAAUGAAGAAGCAACUACAGCAUCAUUAUGUGCUGCUAUACAUUCAACAUUACAAAAACCUGUUGAAGGGCAGGUACUACCUCAUGAUAAAUUAAUAAAACAUCCUGAAUAUCUUCUGACGCUUGACCAACCAUUAAUUGAAAAAAUUGAAAUAACACAACAGGAUAUUUAUGAUCAAGAAGAAAAGGUAUUAGAGAAAAGAAAAAUACUAAAAGAAGCGUUUAAACGUAUUGGCAUUUAA